GGACUCAGCAGCGUAGUGCAGGCUCUGACCGCAGGGUCAGCUGGAAGCAGUGGUCGCCAUGGUAACACAGCAGGAGGUGGAGGCCAUUGGCCAGACUUUGGUGGACCCCCAGCAGCCCCUGCAAGCCCGCUUUCGGGCACUGUUCACACUGCGUGGGCUUGGGGGCCCUGACGCCAUCGACUGGAUCAGCCGAGCCUUUGAGGACAGCUCUGCCCUGCUCAAGCAUGAGCUGGCUUACUGCCUUGGCCAGAUGCAGGACUCCCGCGCCAUCCCCGUGCUGGUGAACAUCCUGCGGGACACCCACCAGGAUCCCAUGGUGCGCCAUGAGGCAGGGGAGGCCCUGGGGGCCAUUGGGAAUCCCGAAGUUCUGGAACUCUUAAAGCAAUAUGCCAGCGACCCUGUGGUAGAGGUGGCCGAGACGUGCCAGCUGGCCGUGGGGCGGCUGGAGUGGCUAAAGCAGCACCCUGGAGCGGCGGCGGCGGCUGGGCCGUACCUGUCGGUGGACCCUGCGCCGCCUGCCGAGGAGCGUGACGUGGGCCGCCUGCGGGAGCUGCUGCUGGACGAGGCGCAGCCGCUGUUCGAGCGCUACCGGGCCAUGUUCGCCCUGCGCAACGCGGGCGGCGAGGAGGCAGCGCUGGCGCUGGCCGCAGGCCUGCGCUGCGGGAGCGCGCUGCUGCGCCACGAGGUGGGCUACGUGCUGGGCCAGCUGCAGCACGAGGCGGCGGUGCCCGCCUUGGCGGCCGCGCUGGCCCUGCGCUCGGAAAACCCCAUGGUGCGACACGAGUGUGCAGAGGCCCUGGGCGCCAUCGCCCGGCCCGCCUGCCUGGCCGCGCUGCGCGCGCACGCCGACGACCCCGAGCGCGUGGUGCGCGAGAGCUGCGAGGUGGCGCUCGACGUGCACGCGCACCUCAGCGGGCCCGCCUUCCAGUACGCCGACGCGCUGCUGCGCCUGCGCGGGGAGGGGCCGUGA